CCUUCCCACGAUGCCAAUGACCGCCUCGCCUCUCUCAAGACCCCCCGGCCCCCACACCCUCCCCCUGAUCCAACGUCACUACUUCCCUCUUCCCCCCCGCAGAUCUACCUCAAUCUCUUGAUCCUCGAGGCGAGUCUGCGCAGCCAGUAUCUCACGCUACGGGCACGACGGCGGCAGAACACCUUCGUGUUGACGCUGUUGGCCCUGUGGAUAGUGUUUUUUACCUAUCUUCUCUGGCUGAGGCCUCGCGAAGAUGGGAAAGGUAUUGGAGGAUCGCAAUACUGGCUCGUGGAUAUGGGCCAGAAGGUCUGCUUUAUCACCGGCGUUGUGACUGUCAUCCUGUUCUGGGCAACUGGGCAGUGGGAGCGCGGGGUGCGAUGGCCACGGCGCUGGAUCGGUGUCGCGAAUCGCGGGCUCCGUGGUAUGAAUGCGAAAAUCGUAGUGAUACGCGGACCGUGGUGGAUGGAGCUGGCGGGGUGGCUGGCCUUCGUUCUGCCGUUCUCGGGCGGGCUGUGGGGCGGCGAGACGGGUGGGAGUAGCUAUCAUUUCAUUAAUUUGGUGCAGGAGAAAAAGAAUGAUUUGUCCGAUGGAAGGCCGAGACAUAGGAUUGUGGAGGAUGGGAAGGAAUAUGCCGAGGAGGAUAUUGCGCCGGGCGGCGAUUAUAUUAAGCUAUUGUUGCUGCCGAAACCGUUUGGUCCGGAUUUCCGCGAGAACUGGGAGAUGUAUCGGACAGAGUAUUGGGAGAGGGAAAAUGAGCGUAGGGCAGAACUAAGGAAACGAGUACGUGCCCGCCAACGCGAGAUCGCUCGGGAAGAAGGAGGGUGGCUAUGGUGGACUGGAUGGCGCGGCUGGAAACGCGCCAGAGGCAUCACAACGCGCACUGGAGAUGUCGAAAAGACCGUCCACGGCCACGGUUACUCUGGGUCUACAUCUGGCUCGCUAAGAGACCGAAAGCGGCGACCCAGCAUGCUGAGAGGAAGAGACGGAAGCCAUUCGAGGAGUUCGUCACGCAGCACAACACCAACGCCCGACUUUGAUGAUAAACUCAGGCCCCUGGAAACGAGAGAGCGGCGGUGGAGCACAAGCACUACAGGCAGCACAACAACC